CCUACCAGGCGGAGGGCCCGCACUCCGCGCGGCGCACGAGGGGACAGGUCGGCGGCACCGGCGCAGGUGUCCUGGAGUCCUGAUGGCAAACUUCAAGGGCCAUGCUCUCCCAGGGAGUUUCUUCCUGAUAGUUGGACUGUGGUGGUCAGUGAAGUACCCACUUAAGUACUUUCACCAAAAGGUGAAGAACUCCCAACUGAACCAUAACUAUCCACGUCUUGAGAUAAUUGAAGCAGGAGUCAGGACUUUGUUCUCCAUCAUUGGAAUCCUGGCGGAGCAGUUUGUCCCAGACGGGCCCCACCUCCACCUGUACUCAGAAGACAAGUGGGUGAAGACGAUGAACUGGCAGCACAGCACCAUGUACCUGUUCUUUGCAGCCUCAGGAAUCACCGAUCUGCUUACCUAUCUCGUCACCUACGUUCCUUUGGGGGUGGACAGACUGAUGAUGGCUGUGGCAGCAUUCACUGAAGGUUUUCUCUUCUACUACCAUGUUCACAACCGACCCCCACUGGACCAGCACAUCCACUCCCUCCUGCUGUUUGCUGUGUUUGGUGGGGCCAUCAGUGUCUCCCUGGAGGUGAUCCUUCGGGACAAUAUUGUGCUGGAGCUUUUCCGAACCAGUCUCAUUAUUCUUCAGGGCACCUGGUUCUGGCAGAUUGGGUUUGUGCUGUUUCCACCUUUUGGAACACCUGAAUGGGACCAGAAAGAUCAUGAAAAUAUCAUGUUCAUCACCAUGUGCUACUGCUGGCACUACCUGGCCGCCAUCUGCAUCGUGGCCAUCAACUACUCUCUCGUGUACUGCCUUUUGACUCGGCUAAAGAGAUAUAGAAACGGAGAAGUCAUUGGGAUCCAGAAGCUGAAGUCAGGUCACACUUGCCACACUGCCCUCCUGGACGGCUCAGACGAGGAAUGAGAUGAGGGGACAAGCAGGGGUGAUGUCCAACUGCCUGUGUGGGUGUGGUACCCUGCAUACAGAAAACCCAGGUCCCACCCAUAAGCGGCAAGCUUCAUUUGUGUCCCCGUGUGACGAGAGAUCAGACUCUUGAGCAUUUCAGAGCAGGAAGUGGUCUCAUGGAUGAACUCUGGGUAUGAAUGCAGCAGCGCAACUUACUGCUUCUGGUAACUUCUUCCUUUCCUCUCAAGAAAGCGGGUACUUUCUUAUUAGAAAGACAUUAGAAUGUUUAAGUGAAGGACAGUGACUUCAUUUUACAGACACAAUUCUAACUUGUAUAUUUUUUAAAGUGACAUCAUUCACAAGAUUUGGUCUUUUAAAUAUUACUUGCUAAACAUAUCUGAACUAAUCAUAAUAAUCAGACAUACCAAAGGACUGUACUACCACUGUUGGUAAGUCAUGGAAUCAGGCUGUGGGUGAUUCUUUGAGCUGGAACUCAGAUGUUCUGACUUCUUGAAGGUGCCCCAAUGGAGGGUGCUGACAGGAAGUGUGUAAAAUGAGUAGGUAAGAAAACUGUCAGGUUAUGGAAGGCCUUGAAUCUGAUACAGAUGAAAGUAAUGCAUGAAUGCUGACAUGGAAUACAAAGUCUUCACGCUCUA